UGGGGUAAUGGUCCGUCCCAGAGUGUGGCGCUCAUCCCGGAGGGUGGCAAGCCAGAAUGGUACGUCCCUCGGCCGCACACCGCCCCGGUCCUCCCGGCUGCCUCGCUUCUGCCUCCCCCGAGCCAACAGAGCGUAGUGGGCUGAACCCAGAGGAGGCGGGGGAGCCGGGCCGGGGACCGGUCUGAGCCGGUCUGUGGCGCAGGCGCAGUGCGGAUAAACAGGAAGCGGGCGGCCGGGGCAGCGGCGGAGGCAGCGCAGGGGCUCCGGUGGGGCGUCUGGCCGCGGAGACAGGGCUGUUGGAGGGCGGCGGCCGUCGAGGACGAGCGAAGGCGCCUCGGCCCUCCUCCCGUGGACACGGGGCGGUGGCCUCGCCCUCCGCUCAGGCCCCCGGCUCCCAGCCCGGGCGGAGGCAGCGGCUGACAAAGGGCUCGAGCCGGUGCCGCCGCCCUUCUCAUCCGGGCACUCCGGGCCCCCGCCGCGAGGAAGGGGGAAGGGCGGAGGGGGAGGGGAAGGAGCCCGGGAGGCGCGCGUUCGGAGCCGCGGCCCUUUGCAGGGCUCCGGGCCUGUGGCCCAACGGACCGAGGCCGAAGAGGCGCGGCGGCGGCGGCGGCGGCCGGCGGCAGGAGGAUGGUGCAGAAGGAGAGCCAGGCGGCGCUGGAGGAGCGGGAGAGCGAGCGCAGCGCCAAUCCUGCCGCCGCCUCGGGGGCUUCGCUGGAGCCGCCGGCAGCUCCGGCCCCCGGAGAAGACAACCCAUCCGGAGCCGGGGCGGCGGCUGUGGCCGGGGCGGCCGGAGGGGCCCGCAGGUUCCUGUGCGGCGUGGUGGAAGGAUUUUAUGGAAGACCUUGGGUUAUGGAGCAGAGAAAAGAGCUCUUUAGAAGGCUUCAGAAAUGGGAAUUAAAUACAUACUUAUAUGCUCCAAAAGAUGACUACAAACACAGGAUGUUUUGGCGAGAGAUGUAUUCAGUGGAAGAAGCUGAGCAACUCAUGACUCUUAUCUCUGCUGCACGAGAAUAUGAGAUAGAAUUUAUCUAUGCCAUCUCACCAGGAUUAGACAUCACUUUUUCUAACCCCAAGGAAGUAUCAACAUUGAAACGCAAAUUGGACCAGGUCUCUCAGUUUGGGUGCAGGUCAUUUGCUUUGCUUUUUGAUGAUAUUGACCAUAAUAUGUGUGCAGCAGACAAAGAGGUGUUCAGUUCUUUUGCACAUGCGCAAGUCUCCAUCACAAAUGAAAUUUAUCAGUACCUAGGAGAACCAGAAACUUUCCUCUUCUGUCCUACAGAAUAUUGUGGCACUUUCUGUUAUCCAAAUGUAUCUCAGUCUCCUUACUUGAGGACUGUGGGCGAAAAGCUUCUGCCUGGAAUUGAGGUGCUUUGGACAGGUCCAAAAGUUGUUUCAAAAGAAAUUCCCGUAGAGAGUAUUGAAGAAGUUUCUAAGAUCAUCAAGAGAGCGCCAGUGAUCUGGGAUAACAUUCAUGCCAACGAUUAUGAUCAGAAGAGGCUGUUCCUGGGCCCCUACAAAGGAAGAUCCACAGAGCUCAUCCCACGGUUAAAGGGAGUGCUGACAAAUCCAAACUGUGAAUUUGAGGCUAACUAUGUUGCCAUCCACACCCUUGCCACUUGGUACAAAUCAAACAUGAAUGGAGUGAGAAAGGACGUGGUGAUGACUGACAGUGAAGACAGUACUGUAUCAAUACAGAUAAAGUUAGAGAACGAAGGCAGUGAUGAAGAUAUUGAAACAGAUGUACUCUACAGUCCACAAAUGGCUUUAAAGCUGGCUUUAACAGAAUGGUUGCAGGAGUUUGGCGUACCUCAUCAGUACAGCAGUAGGCAAGUUGCGCACAGUGGCGCUAAGGCAAGUGUGGUUGACGGCACCCCGUUGGUUGCAGCGCCCUCUUUAAAUGCCACAACUGUAGUUACAACAGUUUACCAGGAGCCCAUUAUGAGCCAGGGAGCAGCUCUGGGUGGUGAACCUUCAGCUCUGACCAAGGAAGAAGAAAAGAAACAGCCUGAUGAGGAACCCAUGGACAUGGUAGUAGAAAAGCAAGAAGACUCGGAGCACAAGAGCGACAAUCAAAUACUGACUGAGAUUGUUGAAGCUAAGAUGGCAGAGGAAUUGAAACCAAUGGACACUGAUAAGGAGAGCAUAGCUGAGUCAAAAUCCCCAGAGAUGUCUAUGCAGGAAGAUUGCAUCAAUGAUAUUGCUCCUAUGCAGACUGAUGAACAAACAAACAAGGAGCAGUUUGUGCCGGGUCCAAAUGAAAAGCCUUUGUACACUGCAGAACCAGUGACUCUAGAGGACUUGCAGUUACUUGCUGACCUCUUCUACCUUCCUUAUGAGCAUGGACCCAAAGGAGCCCAGAUGUUACGGGAAUUCCAGUGGCUUCGAGCAAACAGUAGUGUUGUCAGUGUCAAUUGCAAAGGGAAAGAUUCCGAAAAAAUUGAAGAAUGGCGGUCACGAGCAGCCAAGUUUGAGGAGAUGUGUACAUUGGUGAUGGGGAUGUUCACUCGGCUCUCCAACUGUGCUAACAGGACAAUCCUUUAUGACAUGUACUCGUAUGUGUGGGACAUCAAGAGCAUAAUGUCUAUGGUGAAGUCUUUUGUACAGUGGUUAGGGUGUCGUAGUCAUUCUUCAGCACAGUUCUUAAUUGGAGACCAAGAACCCUGGGCCUUUAGAGGUGGUCUAGCAGGAGAGUUCCAGCGUUUGCUGCCAAUUGAUGGGGCAAAUGAUCUCUUUUUUCAACCACCCCCACUGACUCCUACCUCCAAAGUUUAUACUAUCAGACCUUAUUUCCCUAAAGAUGAGGCUUCCGUGUACAAGAUUUGCAGAGAGAUGUAUGACGAUGGAGUGGGUUUACCCUUUCAAAGUCAGCCUGACCUUAUUGGUGACAAGUUAGUCGGAGGGCUGCUUUCCCUAAGCCUGGACUACUGUUUCGUCCUAGAAGAUGAAGAUGGUAUUUGUGGAUAUGCCUUAGGCACUGUAGAUGUGACCCCCUUCAUUAAAAAAUGUAAAAUUUCCUGGAUUCCCUUCAUGCAGGAGAAGUACACCAAGCCAAAUGGUGACAAAGAGCUCUCAGAGGCAGAGAAAAUAAUGUUGAGUUUCCAUGAAGAACAGGAGGUGUUGCCAGAAACUUUCCUUGCCAACUUCCCUUCUCUGAUAAAGAUGGAUAUUCACAAAAAAGUCACUGACCCAAGUGUUGCCAAGAGCAUGAUGGCUUGCCUCCUGUCUUCACUGAAGGCUAAUGGCUCUCGGGGGGCUUUCUGUGAAGUAAGACCAGAUGAUAAAAGGAUUCUGGAAUUUUACAGCAAAUUAGGCUGUUUUGAAAUUGCAAAGAUGGAAGGAUUUCCAAAGGAUGUGGUUAUACUUGGUCGAAGCCUGUGACAUUUUUUUUUGCACUGUGAACUGUCCAAAAGUCUCUUAACUCCACCUUGUGGUUGGUGGUUGAGGUCUUCACACAGUUCAGUCUCUGGAGCGGCAGCAGAUCAGCCAGUUGAAUUGGAAACAAAGAUGACUGUAAAACUCACCCAUCACGUCCUCAGUGCUCACUGGUUGGGAGAAGAUAGUCCUGCUGCAUACCCUAUGUGAAACGAACAUGGCGUGCUCCUUUGGGUCUUGUCUUAGGUGUCAGGGCCUCUUCUGUGAGGUUCCUUAGGAAGAGGUUCUUAAAUAAAUGUAGUCAGCACUAUUUUCUGCAUCCAGUGUGGUUGCAUUUCUCACUGAAGAGUAAUGAAGAUCACUCUGUCUUCUCCUUGGUGUGCUGGAUGCAACGUUUCUGUUCUUUGGAGACAUGGCAGGAAUGAGAAAGAUUUAGUGAGUUUCAACUUGGGGCAAUUUUUCUGCUUUCUGUAAAGCUCUGGCCAACUGUCUUCUGUAACUGUUGGUUCAGGCAGUUGUGCUUUGUAGGGACAAAUGUGCAUUUGUUUGUGGCAAAGGCCUAAACUGACAAACUUGUAAAUUUCUUUGUAUAUAGACUAGCUGUAACCUGACUAUUCUUUUUUGUUUACUGUUUUUAUAUAUUAUGUUUUGUUUUUUUUUUUCCUUUGAAAAUGAAAGGUGUUGGUUUAGGAUGGCACUUUCAAUAAUGUAAACCAUGAAUGGUAGAUUUCCUUUACAUUUGUCUUUUUCUUCCUAAGAAGUUUUAUUUUUCAAGUGCCUCCCACCUAGGGACAGGCCAUGACUAUUGGGGGUGUGAGCACCUAACUUCAUAUGACUCAAAUCUGUUGGGAAUUGCAGUUACUUCUGGAAAUUAACCUUACUAGCAGAUCCGCAUGUGAAAUGUUCUGACCUUGUCAAGUAAGGGUAAGGGGACUGGCAAGUGGUCUUAUUUGCCCUUAGAACAGUUGUCAUUUAAUCUCAAGACCUAUUUAGCUACUGGCUUAAUUGAAUCAGUCUUUAAUUCUUGCAUGUUUGUAUCUAUUUUUUAAAAGAAUAAGUAUAUGUUAACCAUGAGUAUACUUUUUCUUUUAAUUAGCGAUCCUGAAAACUUCAUGUAUUUUUAAUUUAGAUUUGGUGAGUUUAAGGGGUUUGAGCAUGAAGCUGGCAGAUAGUCUGCAGGAUUUUUUCUUCUUUUAAAUCAUGGCUAGCUAACUAGUAAUUUCUUCAUAGAUUUUUCAACAGUAUUUUGUUAAUCUUGCUUCCCUCCGGUUUUACAUCAGCUUUUGAACUUUGAGCUGAGGGGGUGGGGAGAGAGAGAAAAGGAAACUUGAAACAUUUUCUUUUAUAGAACUCCUGUGUGAGCUUUUGAGAGUCUUAUAUUUAGCACUCUAGUGUACCUAGUGGCUUCCACCGGAGGCCCAGGAGUGUGCUUGAAAUAAGCCACCUCAUCAGGGUAAAAACCGUGAUAGGAUUUGUUGGAAAACUGAAAUCAAGUUUGGUUUUGAAGGCUUGAGGUGAAGGGCAAAAUUGUUCUAGAUAGAUAGUAAGACCGUUCACUGUUCUCAGCUUUCUCUGAAUACACCCCAGGCCUUCAGUGGGAAUUACAAUGCUUUAUUUGGAGGAUUUCUGAGUCACUUUCAUAUGGAAUCAGGAAUUUUAAAGAAGUUGCUUUUUGUUUGACUUUGAGUAAUCAUUUGGGAUGAUCUUCUGGACAUAACUGAAGCAUGUCCAGGUCUAUACCGUCAUUGCUCUAGGAUAAAGUGCUAUGCCAUCUUCCAUGGUUAUGAAUACUAAGAUUGGAACAACAUUUCAUUGUUUGGAUCACAGCUCAGUUCCUGUAGAAAACGAACUGUAAAACUAUCUGCAGACCAUGCAAGAGGCAAAAUAAAACUUGAAGUGAA